CAGCAUGACAUUAUCAUCCGAUUAGCAAGGUGUUUAGAAAUUGAUCUGCGCUGGUUGGGACUUGAAACUUGCAACAGUGGUUGCAACGUUAGCUGUGGUAGUGCACCCAUUAACGCAUCUCUGCCCAGUUUUGUAAUCAUGCCCCCUAAAAGGACGGCACCAAGUGAAGGUGAACAAAAACAGGAUCCAAAAGCAGUUAAGCAGCUCAGAAGAUCCGAUAGAUUGGGAAAAAAUGCUGCUGCGGCUGCGGCGGCUGCUGCUGCAGCUCCCAAGGAAGACUCCAAGCCACAGAAACGUGCCAGGAAGACUGCUCCAAAACCCAACAAACAGCCCAAAGAAAAGAUAACUAAGGAAGAAGCUGCACCUGCUCAAAAUGGUGAAACAAAAUCUGAUAAGGAACAGAAAACUGAACCUGCAAAUGAUCAGAAUGACUGAGAAACCUACCACCAUCUUCAGUCAAUUUUUGUGUACUUCCUUGUAGAAUUGAAAAUAUUUUUUAUCAAGUAUUUUGUAAAUACAAUGAUUUUUAGGAUUAGUUGUAACUUUUUAGUGUAUGUAUGCUGAUAUAAAUUGAGAAAAUAAGGAAAUUUGUAACUUACACUGCUAAAAAGCUACAAUUUUAUAAUUAGAAACGUUUUUGAUGUGUUUACUUGCUUUCUCCUGGAAAACUUUUGGAUGGGUUGUUCAAUGGGAUUCAAUUCUUUGAAAUGGUUAUUAGUGCUUCAAAGUGAUUUUAAAAAGUGGAGUUGUAAUCUUGGUUUCAAUAUUUGAAUUUUUUUAUAUAAAGCAAUAAAUGAAUGGUGACGUGUACUAAAAUUUGAUGUGAUCACCUGCUUGUCCAAUUUGCAAUAAACCAUUCUCCUGUUUACUACAGA